AUUCGAACGCGGGCUUUGCGCGGGAAAGCACGAACGCUAUCUCGCGACAUUAGCGAAAUUUAAAUUAAAAAAAGAUGGAAUUGAAAAAUUCGAAAAUUUCGAUUUUAGACUUAGAUUCAAACAAAUAAUCAUAUUACUGUUUGAGUGUGUGUGUUGUUGUAUACUUUUUUUUUGUUUUAAGAUCGAACUAUGCAAUGACAGUUGGACGUUUGUUAAAUGGGAUGUUUUUUUUUCUUGUUGAAUAGUGUUUUGUGCAAAGGGAUUUCUUUUCUUCGUCCGGGAACAGAGGAUACGAUACACAAUGCUCAAAUGGACAGUAUACGGUAAGAAAAACCAAGAGAGCCGUGGCAGCAGCGAAUCUGAAAAUGAACCGUCCGGUAACUGCAACAAUGAAUUUACCAACCACAAUAGAAAAUCGUUUGACGGCCAAGCCUAUAAGAAAAGUAAAAAACCUAGCCGAUAUCAAAGAAGGUCUUUAAAUUCCAAUACAACCAGAAAAACCUUUAAAACAAUCGACAAAGAGAACGUGAACUACAUCGGUAGCACUCCUAACUUUUACAAAGAAGGCUUCAUCCAAAAAUCUGAAGGACUGGCUCUGAAAGAUGUUAGUAACAUCACUCCUACAUCUGGAACUCCAGUAAAGAGCUUUGACAGAAGAAAACCGUUUCUCGGUAGUUCUAAGGAUGAUAUUUCUGUUACACCUUCAACUUAUAGUAGACGGGUGAGAGAAGCUAAGAAAAGGAAACUAGAAAUGGGCAGUACUAAUGACUCUUUCAAAAGAGACAGCAUAACUUACAAAUCCGAAAGAAGUAUCAACCCAUUCGAAAGAAACUCGAGAGAUUUCUCGAAAUUAACGCACAGUUCUUCUGAACCUUCAUUGCAUGAACUGAGUUAUAGACUUAACGCUCUGACAAAUGACUCAAAUAACUCCAUACAUAAAAAGCAGCUAAUUAAUAAUAAUAUUAAUAACAAUAAUGUAUGCACAACCAAACCUAUUAACGAAGGUAUAGUCGAAAUAGAAUAUGAUAAAGAUUUCAUUCUCAACUGUGUAGAAAAACCAAUAACCAUAAAUAAAUCGCAAAUAGAAAGAACCACGUUACCGAUAUUUGGUCAUCACAUUUUCAUGAAUAAUCCGCUAUAUUUUAACAAAAACGACGGAAUCGCAAGUAUUAGACCCCUGAAAAGAACGAGGAAGAAAUCAAACGAUUUCGAAAGUUCAUUCAAGUCGCCCUCCGUUGAUAAAAAAGAUGUCCAUACGCUAGUCAGAGAUGCGUGCUCACCUGUAUCUAUCACACCACUAGCUACAAAACUAGCAGCUCUGAGAUUCAGCACUAUAAGCACUCGCAGCGUAUCACAGAGACUUCCAUAUAACGAUGACGUCACAGAAUAUUUCCCUAAAGUAGAAAAUCCAUUCACCAUUCCUUUGAGAGACGAGGAAUCAUCGACCGAAAUGGAAAACAAAUUUAUUUUUAGCAAAGACUUAGCUGCCAGUCGGACUGAAUCAACUGUAAAUGGAACUCAAUCUACUGUGUCUACAACUCAAAUGGGCGACGUUACGCUUGACAAAAUGAUAGAGGAUAUUAUUAAAAGCACAAAGAUUGUUAAAUCAAAACGUAAAAUUCUCAAAACCUCUCCAUCGGACUGUCAAAUGAUAAAAGAGGAAAUUCCUCAGAUCGAGCUCGUCAAAGAUUUAUUCGUUAACCCUCAAGCAGAGAAUAAAGCUAAUUUGAUCAAAGAAGCCAAAUAUGUGAAUCUAUCAAGAGAAAAUUCAAUAUCACCUAAAGCCACUCCGGCCAAGAAAAAGAAACCGGUGCAAGUAGUCAAUGAAAAAUUGCUAAAAAAUUUACCCGUUGGAUGUUUUAUAUUAGACGAUGGUGAAGGUUAUCAUGAAAGGGAGGUGAAAACUCCUGAAAAUAUAAUCCGAAGAAGAUCUUUGAAUAUAACGGCCGAUGAAAAUAGAUUACUGACCAGAACACAGUCAAUGCAUACGUCAGUGUGUAGACAAAACUUAAAAACAACGUUAUCUGAAUCAACUCCAGAUUUGUAUUCAACGUCCGAAAAUAAAAGUCUAAAAUUAAAGCGUCAAAAAUGCAUUCGCCGUAAAAAAUCUACCGUCAGCAACGAAAGCCUUUUGAAGGCACAACUUCCGGAACAGAAGCAGACCAUACUUACAUUAGAGAUUGGAAUACCCAGUCCAGCAACGGUACUCCCAGAUAUAUCUAUGUGUGAGCCCUUAACCUCUACUUUAGCCGUCCCGCUAGGAAUCGUUCAUGAAAGUCACUCUCUUAGAUCCAACGUAUCACACAGUAGCCUUAUGAUGCACCAACAAAAUCUAAAUAGACAUUCACAGGAACUGUUCGGUUUGACCCUUGAGAGUGGUAUCCCAAGUCCCAUCACUCCAGUUCCGAACCUAAAGCGACCCAGUAAAGUACUAAGCGAGGAAAGAGCGCACAAAACAUGUAAAGUGGACGAAGAACUGAUUUCAACAAAUGCUAAUACACCUAUCAUUGAGCAUAAGUCUAUAAGACGCUGUCUGACCUUUUCCCCAGAAGAGUACAGUAUUAGCAGUAGUGAUGAAAAGAGAAGAAGCGUGGCUAGCAACCGCUUAGAGCGAAGCAGCGACCGCUUCCAAGCUCCCAAAGGAACUAUAGAUUUAGAGAUCGUCACGAGAAAUGACGUUAUCGAUGUGCACGUAAUAAGAUGCAGGGAUCUGCAGAGGCCUGCUGGAAAGACAGAUGAGAUCAACGCGUAUGCGAAGGUGGUUAUCAGCGGCGUACCGGAGAACCAGAGCCUGCCUUCACAAAGGUCGAUCUUCCAAAGAACGUCAGUUCUUUACGGGAAGCGAGAGCCCGAAUUCCAAAGGCACCUGAGGCUGCCGCUGCCCACAACAGUAUACGAGCACCAGCUGCUUCACAUCUCAGUUUGGCACAGAGACAAGAAAUACCGCCGGAGCGAGUUCCUAGGAUGUGUCUCGUUCCAGUUGAAAGAUGCUAUUGAGUGCGACAUCAAGGGCACCUACUUCCUGCAGCAAAACGCGGGGCGUGGCCUCAACGCUGCACCGCUGGCACAUGAGAGAGCCGGCGAUCGUGUAGCCGAAGUCGAACGACCCAAGAUGGCCACCGACAACAUUGAGACCAGCACCAACGAUGGAACCAAAGAGAACCACAACGAUAAAGGUGUUACAAAUGGUCCCUCCGCGACCACAGCCAGUCAGGCCCAGGCGGUAGCCGCAGCACUACAAAGAGAAGCGGACGAACACCUCUUCCUACGAUACUUGGAGCUGGACCCUCCGGAUGAUCCAUCGGCUCCGAGACGGCCCCAACGGAAUGGCAGAACCCCGUUCACCACAACUAGAAAACUCCUAAGGGGUACUGCAGGUGGUUUUGGUUUCACCGUAGUAUGGACCAGACCACCAAGAGUCGAAAGGGUUGCCCAAGGGGGCUCUGCAGAAAGAGCCGGACUGAGAGCCGGAGAUUACAUUGUGUUUGUUGGCUCGAAGAACGUCGUCACAGCAUCUGAAGAAGAAGUUAGAAAUCUUGUGAAGUCCGCAGGCCAGAUACUCCAAUUGGAGACAUUUAGAAGGGUACCGCCCAAUGGAGUCGGCGUUAGGCCGAGGCUAGCUCAGGUGUCAAUACCCCCGCCAGAGUCGACACCGCCACCCCCACCACGGUCACCACGUGGCAACGCUCUGGCGUCACCCGCCACGGCCGCGCGACCCCCAACCGCCUGCUCUUCGACCAGCCAGUCUCUGGACCGCCGCAAACUGCACCUACCCCAGGUCACCUUCUCGAAGGAGACCCCAGGACUAUCAAGAGAUGGCAGGAAACGGGCACUCUUGGCAGUGGUAGCCAGGGAGCAGCACUAUGCCACGUGCCUCCAGUUCGGACUAGUGAGGUUCGUGUCGCCACUAGCAGAGAGGGCAGACCUCAUCACACCGAGCGACCACCAGCUGCUAUUUCAAAACUUGGAAGAGAUAUUUCGGCUCUCAGAAGACAUCCUGGAUCAAGUGGUGCAAGACGACGGUGAGAUUCAGACGUCUACAGUGGUCGCCGUUUACUUGCAAAAAACGCCCGUAUUUCUCAGCUUAUACAAGAAAUACUGCCUUGGACUGAAGAGGGCCGAUUGUGUGUUGGUGAAGAAAUCAAAAGACCCCAGCGGAGCAUUUUCCCGGUUCUGCACCAGUCCUCCGAUACCCCGUAGAAGACCAGACAUCACGUCCCUAGUUCACAAGCCUCUAGAACAGUUCAGAGAGUUGUUGAGGUUAAUGCGAACAGCCGCGUCUGCCACCGGCGCUGGUCCCUACGAUCAGCUCGAGAAGAAGCAACUCCAGUUGAUUGUAGAACAGUUACAGGGUAGCUAUCAAGAUGUCACCGCUGGCUCCGGGCUGAUGGGGCUGGCUGGUGAUGGGAAGCCCCUGCUGUCAGUUGCUGAUUUAGAAAGCAGACUCGUGUUCACUAGGUGUAAGCCAUUCGUCCUAAGCACAGCUGGGCGUCAGUGGAUAUUUGGAGGCGAGCUCUCUAGGGUGGAAGGUCGCGCAGUCAGACCAUACUGGGCACUGUUGUUUAGUGACCUCCUACUGUUUGCGACGGUCUCGCGUGAUAGAGUGCUGUUCGUAACGGAGGAGCCUGUCGCUCUGGGGGCCGUGUCUGAAGCACAGUUUAAUCUAAGAAAAAAAGUAACGGAGUUUCGUCUAAUCUUGGGUCGCGUAGGAGGAGAAUCGCCAUUAGUGUCGUGUGCUCCUCGCACUCCAGGUCGAACACGUACAUUGGUUCUUCGAGCACCAUCGAUAGACUUGAAAGCUGUUUGGCAAAGCCUACUACAAAGGCAGAUAUAUCGAGCGCAUACCAUGUCCGGUACUCCGUUGGGCUCACCGCUGGAUUCUCCUGACCCACAGCUUACAUUCUCCCUUGCUACCCUCGACUCGCAGCUGCGUCAGACGCGACGAAGCUCAGCCGAAACUCAAACAGCUGCUGGCGGGAGUGCAGUGGAUGUAGCUAGAAGUAUAAGAAGCAAAGGCUCUUCACAACACCUGCAAAGGUGGAUGACGCAGUUACCCGAAACUGAAGAACUGGAUCCACCGGAACCGGAUGUAGAAACAUGGAGUGUAGAAGAAUUAAGAAAGAGAUCAAAAGAGCUUAAUCUACUUGAAGUAGCCGAACUCGUCGUUAAUCAUGAAAGUAAAGGAGCUUCUCCAAGUGAGAAAAAGGAAAAUGAUAGAAGUCCGUCGAAAAGUAGUAAUUCUGGUAGCCAAAUAACAGUUCGAACUAGUCCUGUAGUAGUCGAUACAAUUCCAGUUUGUAGGCAAUGCCAUAAAAAAUGCCUAUCAAAACCGAACAGUCCAUUAAUUUCCCAGAAAGAGCCCCCCGUAAUUCCGGUCAAACCAAAAAAGGAAGCUUCGCCACAAAAUUCAAAUUCAACGAAAAGCUCGAGAAGUCCAUGCAGCGCAAAUUACAGUAUUCGGAAACCGAAAAUAAUUUGUGGGUUAGAACGGAAAGGUGCUAUUAAAUUACGUCCAGAGGAUGGUCCAAAAGCAGCCAUGAAAGUCAUAGAUUCUAUAGAACAAAGUCAGAGAAUGCUCAAAUCGAAAUCUUAUGAAUUAAAAACGGACUCACCUAUUUUAAAUAGAAGCAUACGCUCAAGAAGUCAAACUAAAAGUCAGUUAGAACUAAGGAAAGACGGCUCAUUUAGGAGUCCGAGUCCUUCGUCCAGUAGUAGAAACAGUCCUUUAUCUACAAGCCACACUACUUGUAGUUCUAUGGUUUUUAAUUCAAGCUCCAAUGAUCUGAGAAUGUCUAACUCAAAUAUCGCGAACCAGGUACAGUGUGUGAUAGCUCAGGAAAAAUACAUCAAUGAAGUAAAAUGCGUGGAAAACAUUACAGUUACUAGAACUAGAGCAUCAACGAAUCACGCGGAGCCGACUUCUGCCAAAGAAGACCAAUUGACGAGGCAGAAGGCCGAAAACGUGCUUAACAAGGUUUUAGGAAUGAACAUCGUUGCCAAAAGAGAAAACCUUGGAUCAUGCUUACAAACAUCAUCUGUUUUUUUGGAUGAUGACUCUAUACAUGAAGAAGAUAUCGAUUUCAAAAUAGAAAGAGGUCUAAGAAGAUCUCCAAGAAUGGGUACAUCAGUUCUUAGUAAAAUGAAUGGCGAUAUAACUAAUAAGACUGAGAAAUCUGACUCGAACGUUAACUUGAACACAUCCGAAGCAGGGUCCGAUGAAGAUUUAGAACUAGGACCUCUCAUGUUAAUGGGACUGUCAGCUAUCAAUCCGACUGCACAUUUAAUGCGAGUAGAACCAUUUAAUAGAUCCUCUGUCACUGCUGGCCAUAAUCCAGGCUCAAGACCAGGGAGUCUAUGCUCGAUUAAAUCGGAAUCACCAGUUCCUAAUAUAGCUGUUGUGCCACCGACACCAGACUUCAAUUUUUCUAAUAAGACUGAUGACCAUUUAGAUGAAUCGCCGGACUCCCCAGAUAUCCCUGAAGAUCUACCUUAUGUUUCACUUAAAAGGUAUGGCACUAUGUCUAGCCUUGAGAGAUUACCAUCCGACGAAACUGAUGAUGGUAACGUUAGAUUAACUGCACAAGAACCGGAAGCAAUUAAAACAAAUAGUACAGUAGUUGGAGCUGCCGGAGGUAUAAUGGGCUGGACGGCAAGAGCAGGCUCAUUUGUAGUUGAGAAAAUGAACAUAUUUAGUUAUACCGAAAGUGUACCCAAUACUGCUGUAGCACACAAACAACCAUCAUUCUUGGAAAGGUGUCUCGGGGUCAGUGACUGGAAAUCGACAAUCGGAACGGAAGAGGGUACUGGAGAAACCGGCGAAGGGAGCGGUGCUAGCGGCGAAGAAGCUUGGGGUACACCUUCAUCAGGCGACUUGUCUGAUAACCUACCAGAUUCAGAUCAUGGAACUCUUUCGUCGCCAACAAAGUCGUCAUCUUCAUAUGCGGGAGAUGACGAUACAGAACUAAUGAUGGAUGAACUUCUGAUGGCGCCCACUAUAACUGGACCUACCACUUUAAGGCCAUUGCUGCCAAGAGAUGUUUUUAGAAGAAGACUAGAACCACUAUUAGAAGAAGAGUUCUCAGAUAGUGGCAGCGAAGACAAUAAACCUACCCCCACCAAUUCUGACGACCAGGGCAGCGGGCGUGGCCUCGAUGCUGACGUCUGUUGCGACGCGCCGCACCGGCCACCCUCUGCUUCCGGGUCAGAAGCAGAGGGAGGGGGUGCGGACGCCGCUCCAGUUGCUGGAGGGGAGGUCCAUGGUGGGGACGAGUUCGAUCUGAGCCCAGAUCGAACUCCCACCAACGAAGUGCCUUCGACGCCCUUACAAUAUGUUUCAAAAGAGUUUGCGGAGGUGCGUGCCACUGCCUCUGCUGGAGGACGCCGGGACUCAGCCAGCUCAGCCAGCACCCCUUCCACACUCGACCGUACCACUAUACACAACCCCACGACCCUUCCACAACAAUCACCAGUUUUGGAGCCAGCACCAGUACUGGAGGUGUCUUCACAACCGGAACGUCCACUGACGCCGGAGCGACUCAGUCCUCGAGCGGAGAUGAGGUUGGCGCUGGACCAGGGGACGGAUAUGCUGGCAGAACAGGAGGCAUCUUGGGGUGGCGGGUCCGGCCGCUGGUCGUUUCGCGCGGCGUGUCAGAAGUCACUGCUGCGUCGCGUGGCGAGCGCGGACGCCGUGGCUCUGUGCCGCGCGCCCCCCCACCGCACCGCCCCUCAUACUACUUCGCGCAGUUCUGUAUAUGCCUGGAAGGAUCCAGAAAGCGAAACGAAAACAAUGGAGAUGGAGGAACUGGCACGAGUGGAAGCUCAGAUGAUGCGUUCGCGGACGCGCUCUCUAUGCCAGAACGGGAAGAUCAGAAUGGGUUUCCUUCGGCGCCGCGCGUCGUCCGAUAGCCCGCGCCGUGAGCCGUUGGACGUGGGACGGCCUUUCUCUCCGCGGCGGACGCACGAGAAGCAAUUUGAGAAGAGAUUCUGGAAACAAGUGACUAGAAGGCGACUAUCUUUGGGUUCCGUCAGUCAGAUAUAAAACUUUUUCUCGGCUGGACUUAAUAAGAUAUAAAGUGUUCACUUAGACUUAUCUCAGUCUAAAGAUUUUUUGUUUUUAGAACAGAAAAAUGUGCUAAGAAGUGUUUCAGCUUAGCAAUGGGAUGCCAAAUGGUAUAAGUACCUACGUCAAAAGACAAAUUUGACCUCUUUGUUUACUUCAUAUCGUAGUUAGGUAUAUUAAAUAGGUGCAUCUUAGACUAAAUAGGGCUUACAAUGUAUAUAAUUAGCAUUCUUAGGUUCUAAAUGUAAAUAAUAACAAUAAUAGAGAAAUAUUUAUUCUGUCUUAAGCUUAAUAGAUACGAAAUGUUUAACUAGCUAACUACAAUUUGUUAGACACGUUUUUUCGAUUUUAAUGUUGUUGUAUUUUAAUAAAGUUAAUUUAAAUAUUAUCGAGACACGUAACGGAAAUGUGUUUUGAAUUUAUGAAAUAUAUUUGGUCUUAUUAUAAAAUAUUUAUUUAUUUAUUUAUUUUUAUACACAAUAUUUGUAUAGGUAUAGGCAGACUUAUCGCCUAAGGCAUUGCCUAACAAUCUACCGAAGGUUAUACAGAAAAGAGCGUAGUAAGUGCAUUGAUUGAGUAAUUAAAGAAAAAUAGAUGCUUUAAUAUUUCACAAAAUGCAAACGAUUGUUAUUAAAGAUAUUACAUAAAAUAUAUAUAUAGAGAAGGAUGAAAGGCUUAAGCGACAUUUCGCUUAAUAUGCGAAAUUUAUCUUUGUAAUUAAGUAUUAGCAUCAACAAUUCGAUGUUUUUAAUCAAACUUCAAUUAUGUUUACACCAUUCAAAUAGAUGAAGAAGUUUUAAGCUUUAAGUGGCUCUCCCGUAAUAUUUCAAAAACGUCGCUUAUACCAAAUUGCCUUUCACCGCUCGAUAUAUAAAUACAUAAAUUAUUACAUUUACUAAAAAUACCUAAUAAAUAUACAAUGCAUAAUAUAUUAUUAAUAAAAAUAAUGGGCAAAUAAAAAGUGGUAACACUGGUAAGUGAACGCGAUGGAAAAUGUAGUCCACACAGACGAAACACUAGUUAUUAUUAAAAGGUAUUUCUGUUAUGUGUCUCUCAUCUUUGUACUGGCAAUUUUAAAAUGAUCAUAUUAUAAAAGUUUCAAGAGCUCAUCUUAUACAUAUACUUAGUUCAUGUAAACUUUAUAAAAAUUAGUUCACGGUCUGUCAGUGUCUAAUAGAGAAUAUAUUUCAUGGUGACUUAUUCCCAAGGAAGGUCACAUAUUCAUUGUUUCACUGUUAAAAUAUUAAGAAACACGCAUACAUUCAUGUACCGAUUUUAAUACCGAUAAAUUGAAUAUAUAACCAACAUGAAACUCGCAUGAAAAUGCAUUCAAAGAUUACGUAAUUUUUUUUUUACAACAAUUUGAAAUGAACAAUUGCUUCUUUACGUUCCUAUGGUGACUACGAAUUAUCUUUGUAUCUUUUGAAAUUAACGAAUUUUGUAGAUUAAAUGUAUGUAAUAAAUGUGUAAAGUUCA